UCUGAUUCUGGAUUUGAUCCAGAUUAUCAGAUAAUCAUGUUCACAAGGAUUAUCCUUCAUCAUGAAAGUAAAGUGUAAAAUAGUAAAGUCUAAAAAUUAAUGUUAAUCUAAUUUACAAUCAACAAAGAGUUACAAUUGAGAUUCACAUUGAAAAGUACAAUUCGUCUUAAUCAAAUUUAAUUGUGUGAUUAUCUGUAGUUAAUUGUUCCCAAUAUGUCUAAUAAUUUAAUUUCAUCGCAAUCAUCUGAUUCUAAUAAUAAUACCAUUUCAUCAUCAUCUGUUUGUAUAAAUAUGACAAAAACCUCAACGGCAACAAUUAAAACCAAUAUCAAUUCAUCUGCAUCUGAACAAUUAAAAAAAUUAACCCAAUCAAAUACAAGUUAUGGUCGACCUGCUGAAGGAUCUAAAACUUUGGCUCGAGCACAAAAAGCUCAUGCUUACGUUUCCAACCAAGUUAAAUAUCUUUGUGAGAUAAAGGACAGUGGAGUGGCUGCUGAUGACGGAACUGUGGCCAUCACCUUCGGACGAUUAUUCAAGAUUUAUGUCGCUAUUUCGGACAAAGUGGUCGGUAUGCUGCUUCGAGCUAGAAAAUAUGGUUUCGUCGAUUUCGAAGGUGAAAUGUUGUUCCAAGGUCAAGAUGAUCAAACGAUAAUUAGACUUAUUAAAAUGCCUCCUAAAGAAUUUACAUUUAACUUUUAAUCGUUUAAAUUAAAAGAUUUAAUCAAUUGUAAAUUCUCAAAUGAAAAAUGAUUAUCUAUUUUCCGGAGUAAAAAAUAUUUUAUUCAUCA